GACGGUUGGGGAAAGCAGCGAUUUCGAGACUAGCUAGGGAAACCUUAGCCAUCCGCCCCGCCCUCGGAGCCCGGCUCUCCAAAGCCUGGGAUUAAGGGCCUGGAGGCUGGCACCACACCCUGGCCAGGUGUUCAUAACAGGACCAGGUGCGCAGCUGCCCCGCCCUGGUCCCUGGGAGCCCGAAUAAUGGCUGAGAAUCCGAGGAACAGGCCGUGGCGGUGGCCUAAACAAUACCCUGAGGGCACCCGUACUAGCAGGUGUUUUCCCCCCUCCUCCUUAGGGACUGUCGCAGGAGUCCUGGGGCGGGGUGGGCGACAGGUGCUGACAUAAGAACCGCACUAGGGGACAGAGGCUCUCUGUUCUGGCCCACUGCGACAGCUAAGGUGCGCGUUGCCCUCCGGGACGCAGGGGGGCGCUGUGGCCGAUUUGAGACAGACAACUCUGCCCCUGAGACCGGGUCAUUACGCGCCGUUGCAGCUAUGGCCACUGCUCUAGGAUUUCGCUGCCUUUACCGAACGCGACCUGCGACGCUCGGUCGGUACGUCGAUAGGCUGUGGAGGAGCCCGAGUCGGGGGCACCGGCUUUCUCCGGCUGACGAUGAGUUAUACCAGCGGACGCGUAUCUCUUUGCUGCAAAACGAGUUCCCUCAGGCCGUAUACAUCGACAGCUACAAUAGCAGAGGUUUCACUAUCAACGGAAACCGCGUGUUUGGACCUUGUGCGCUGCUCCCACAGACCGUGGUCCAGUGGAACGUGGGAUCUCAUCAGGAUAUCACUGAAGAGAGCUUCUCGAUUUUCUGGAUGCUGGAACCUAGGAUAGAGAUUGUUGUGGUGGGCACCGGAAACAAGACUGAGCGGCUGCACUCUCAAGUCCUGCAGGCCAUGAGGCAGCGGGGAAUUGCGGUGGAGAUACAGGACACGCCUAACGCCUGUGCCACCUUCAACUUCCUGUGCCACGAAGGUCGAGUGACAGGAGCUGCCCUCAUCCCCCCACCUGGAGAGACUGCACUUGCCUCUUCUGGUCAAACCACAGAGUGAACCAUCCAGAACAGUCAAGGAGGGCACUGAGCUUCGUGAUCUCCCCGUGCCUUCCCUACUCCCCCUCUUGGCACACUAGCUGUCAUGCUCACCCAGGAUAAUAAUUUAUGAUCUUCUUAUAUAUUAGUUGUGUUGCUGGGUUUGGCUGGUGACUGGGGAAGAGGGGAAGUAAGGGCUGUUUUCACUCAGACAAUUCCCUGAGCCCAUAAAAACCAGGAUGCAGUGUUCAAUAUCUACUUUGCUCAUGUACAGAUUUGAGGAGACCCCAGUAGCUUUUCUGACUUCUUUAGAAGUAGAACUAAGGUCUGAACUACACAUGGCAUGGCCCAAGGCUGUCACAAACGAGAUCAUACUCUGAACAUGUGCGAUGGUGGUGAGAAUGAAAAGAAUUCAAAAUUCA